AUGUGCCCAAUAAUGGCCUGUGUCGCUCGCGUGCGCACCUCGCAAUGGUAGGAUCGGCAAAAGCCCAUGCGAUCCUUCUAGCUCCUUGCUGGCGGUUUGGGUGAUGGUCGGUCAGGGAUUAGAAGAUGCUAUACUUACUCCAGCCUUCCCUACUGUCAGAGAGUCGACUCUCACCCAAUCCUCCUCAUGGUCGAAUCCCAGUAUCAGUAUUCCUCUGUCAACAUGCAGGAUUACGAAGGCCUAGAGGUGGUUCCUCAGCACAGUGACCUGGAACACUACAAACCUGUAGAGCGGACAUCCUCACUCACACGACCAGAGGUCGUUGAAUACAGUUCACCACCCUUCGCCCUUGACCCGGUUUCAGAGGACGAACCAAAAUCCCAAAUCGAGACGCACUAUGCUUCUGUGGCGAAUGACGAUCCGCAUGCGCGCGAAUUACGGCCACAGGGUCAACCUACUAGAAAAUACUGUGGUCUUACAAAGCGUACUUGCAUCAUCGUUGCAAUCGUGAUCGGUGCGGUUAUUGCCACAGCGCUCGGCGUAGGUCUCGGCGUGACGCUGGGCAACAGAUCAAAGGCACAGAAUAGCACACCAUCCACCACUUCGAGUGGAGAUCAGAAUUCGAACUCGAACUCGAACUCGAACUCGAACUCGAACUCAAAUGGGACGACCGCUGCAAGUUCCUAUACCGCGCGCAGCAAGAGCGGCUUUGCGGUAGUCAAGGCUGGCGAUUCCACUGGAAAUGCAUAUGCAUACUAUCAGGGUCAGAAAGGCGCAAUCCGUGAGCUAUCCUGGCAGAAUUCGCAAUGGGUUGCAGAAUCAUCAGGCUCGGACACAGUUGUCGCGGCUGCGAACGUCCUGGACAGCACGCCCAUCACUGCUGCAACAUAUCCCGACCCUGCUGGUCUCUUGACUUGUUUUCUACUUCGAUACAACAGGCAGGCUCAUGAUGACCAAUCGUACAGCCACAUCAGCAUGGUCGACUCCGCUGAGCAUAGUGGAAGAUGCUGUUCCAAGAGCCGGAAACAUUGUCGCUCUUGAUUCCUACACAUUUGGAUACACCGGCCUACGAGUAGUGUUUUCGGAUUCAGAGUUGGGUAUGAGGUCGGUCGGUCUAAAUGGCGCCAUCUUCGGCAACGGUACCUGGAACGGCCGAUCUCUGCCCGGGUUCGCCGGAACUAAUGUUUUGGAUCCCGACAGUGGUGUCGGCGUGAACACCUACGGUGCACUGUCGCAAAUCUACACACGCAACAACGUCACGGGUGCCUUGAACCAAUUCUAUACCGUGUACAACACGACAACGGGGCAGGGCUCAGGAUAUA